AGCUAGAGCCUCAAUCAUCAUGGGUAAGGAGAAGAUCCACAUAAACAUCGUGGUGAUCGGCCACGUGGAUUCCGGCAAGUCCACGACGACCGGUCAUCUGAUCUACAAAUGCGGCGGCAUCGACAAGCGGACGAUCGAGAAAUUCGAGAGGGAGGCGCAGGAGAUGGGCAAGGGCUCGUUCAAGUACGCCUGGGUGCUGGACAAGCUCAAGGCGGAGCGCGAGCGCGGCAUCACCAUCGACAUCGCCCUGUGGAAAUUCGAAACGGCCAAGUACUACGUCACCAUCAUCGACGCGCCCGGUCACCGUGACUUCAUCAAGAACAUGAUCACCGGCACCAGCCAGGCCGACUGCGCGGUGCUGAUCGUCGCGGCCGGUAUCGGCGAGUUCGAGGCCGGUAUUUCGAAAAACGGACAGACCCGCGAGCACGCCUUGCUCGCCUUCACACUGGGCGUGAAACAGCUGAUCGUCGGCGUCAACAAGAUGGACAUGACCGAUCCGCCGUACUCGGAAACGCGUUUCGAGGAGAUCAAGAAAGAGGUGUCAUCUUAUAUCAAGAAAAUCGGUUACAACACCGCCUCGGUCGCCUUCGUGCCGAUCUCUGGCUGGCACGGCGACAACAUGCUCGAGCCGUCCCCUAAGACUCCCUGGUACAGGGGCUGGAAGGUGGAACGCAAGGACGGCAAUGCCGAGGGUAAAACGCUCAUCGAGGCGCUCGAUGCCAUCCUGCCGCCUUCCAGGCCCACCGACAAGGCCUUACGGCUGCCGCUUCAGGAUGUCUAUAAGAUCGGUGGUAUUGGAACGGUGCCUGUCGGCCGCGUAGAGACCGGUAUCUUGAAACCAGGUAUGUUGGUAACUUUCGCGCCGGCGGCUCUCACCACCGAGGUGAAAUCUGUCGAGAUGCAUCACGAGGCGCUGACGGAAGCCCUGCCCGGCGACAAUGUUGGCUUCAACGUGAAGAAUAUCUCCGUGAAGGAGUUGAGACGCGGUUACGUCGCCGGCGACUCCAAGAAUCAGCCGCCGCGCGGCGCCGCCGACUUCACCGCCCAGGUGAUCGUCCUGAAUCACCCGGGACAGAUCAGCAACGGCUACACGCCGGUGCUCGACUGCCAUACCGCUCACAUUGCAUGCAAAUUCGCUGAAAUCAAGGAGAAGUGCGACCGCCGUACCGGCAAGACCACCGAGGAGAAUCCCAAGAGCAUAAAGAGCGGCGACGCCGCCAUCGUGAUGCUGCAGCCGACGAAACCGAUGUGCGUCGAGGCCUUCCAGGAGUUUCCGCCCCUGGGCCGCUUCGCGGUCCGCGAUAUGCGUCAGACCGUCGCUGUGGGUGUUAUCAAGAGCGUCACCUUCAAAGACACCCAGGGCAAGGUAACAAAGGCCGCGGAGAAAGCCCAGAAGAAAAAGUAACCAUCAAGCUUCCUCGGAAGCUCGCAGUCCGCCGGCAGAUGCCCUGUGGCAGCAGGCGUCCCCGCGCAGCAGCAACAGCAGCAGCAGCAGCAGCAGGGACCCACCGUCAGGAUGCAGUAUGCCGCCGCGGUGGCUGCCCCGCUCGACUACUCGUACUCGUCGACUAAUACCAAAAGUCAUAAGAUGUUGUGCUUACCCCCGUUACAUUAUCCGGUAGUGUUGAACCCGCGCAUCUAUCCGAACCUGCACAUUCAGUUCACCCAUGCUCCGCGCACGCCUCACAUAUGCUAGGAGGAGCGUUGCCCCGCGUCUUACCGCGUUUAUCAUUAAUUACUCGAUAUUGACGAUAUGUGUCCGGUAUUUACCAGGUACUCAGUUCCCUUGGACUCUGUGUAGUUAGGUUUUUCAAUUGAUACAACAUCGAGCAUUCAGCAACAACCACGGAGUGUCGCAGAGACAGCCGCGCUCGGGAUCCUCUCCCCUGUUCUCGCGAGAGCGGGAGCGAGCGAGACGGCGAGUGCAUUGCCUUUCCUUUUUUUUUUCCCUCCCCGUCGGAUGUCCCGUCUCCACCGAGACGGAGCAGCGACGAGUAACUUAGCGACGUCGCCGCGAUCGGCGACGUCGAGGCGAGCGCCGCUGGCUCGCACAUACCCAGCAAGACUUCUCUCGAUUCUUUUCGAAGGGUUCAUUAAGGCUGAUUUGUUCCGAGACUUGGUUGCCUCGCUCUCUGUGCAAUUAGUUUUAUUAUACUUAUAAGAUAUUUAUCUUGUAGUUAUAUAGGGAUCAUUAGACUAUGCUCCCUCUCUUCGUCGUCGGCGAAUCGUCCGGCUGCCUUCCCCUCUCGAGGAGGGCAAAAGCGAUCUCCUUAAAGAGGAUGAGACAUCCGUCGCGAGUCGCAACAUGUUGAUCUCGGCGCUGUCCCUCCCGCUGACCAUAGACGCGUUCUAUGACAUUGUUUUGACCCUUAGCCAGUAUUACGUUGAUGUAAUAAAAAAAAAUCUUUAAUUGCA